UCUGAUGGUGGAGCUCGUUCUAAAUUACUUCGUGGACGGCCUCUCCCGCCUCGUUCUGCAAAAAAAUCUCCCAUUCGCCCUUCGCUUGUGGGCCGUUUCUGCACCAUCGAUCAGUUCACUGUCUUCAGCACCUUCUCGGAAGGAAUGUUUCAGCUCGGGACCUUGAAGAGGAAUCGCGGAUUUCUCAUGAUCUGCAGUUUGGGUUUCCACAAAUUGCACCUGAAGAGCAUCUAGGGGUUGAGAGAGAGGGAGAGAGAGAGAGAGAGAGAGAGAGAGAGCGAGAGAGCUUGUGUUAAGAGAAUUACGGUGAAGAGGUUGUGAGAUUGGAGGAGAUGGCGGCUGCUCUGGCAGCGGUUGCAGCAGCAGCGGCGUCGACCGCUGCUGCUUCCCCCGCCCGUCUUUCAGUUGAACGAACUACCCGUGGUGCGUUUGUUUCCGGUGGUAAUGCUCAACUGGGUUCAAGCUCUUCGUCGCUCCGGGGCACCGGAGUAGCUCUGUCUUCUUCCAAUGUGACCCUCCGUAGGCAGAGACAUCGCAAGGUUGUGGUCUCGCCCCGCAACGUGUCGGAUUCGCCAGUGAGUGUCGAGGCUUGCCUUGAUCCGGACGCUAGCCGGAGUGUGCUCGGAAUUAUUCUUGGUGGAGGAGCUGGAAGCCGUCUGUACCCACUGACUAAGAAGCGCGCGAAGCCAGCCGUGCCAUUAGGUGCCAACUACCGGUUGAUCGACAUUCCCGUCAGCAACUGUAUCAAUAGCAACAUCAAUAAGAUAUAUGUGCUCACGCAGUUUAACUCAGCGUCUCUGAACAGACACUUGUCCCGAGCUUACGCUAGUAACAUGGGAGGGUACAAGAAUGAAGGUUUCGUGGAGGUUUUGGCUGCCCAGCAGAGUCCCGAGAAUCCUAAUUGGUUUCAGGGAACCGCCGAUGCAGUGAGGCAAUAUCUGUGGCUUUUUGAGGAAGCCCAAGUUUUGGAAUAUGUCAUCUUGGCCGGAGAUCACUUGUAUCGAAUGGACUACCAGCACUUCAUCCAAGUCCAUCGUGAGACAAAUGCUGAUAUUACUGUUGCUGCUUUGCCUAUGGAUGAAGCUCGUGCCACCGCCUUUGGAUUGAUGAAGAUCAAUGAUCAGGGGCGGAUCAUUGAAUUUGCCGAGAAACCGAAGGGUGACGAGCUCAAGGCUAUGCAGGUGGACACGACAGUUUUGGGUUUAGAUGCCGAGAGGGCCAAAGAAAUGCCCUACAUUGCAAGUAUGGGUAUUUACGUCGUCAGCAAGGAGGCUAUGAUCACUCUGCUUCGUAAUGAAUUCCCCGAGGCAAAUGAUUUUGGAAGUGAGGUCAUUCCUGGUGCUACGAAAAUGGGCAUGAAGGUUCAAGCGUACUUGUAUGAUGGCUACUGGGAAGACAUCGGUACUAUCGAGGCUUUCUACAACGCGAAUUUGGGCAUCACCAAGAAGCCCGUGCCAGAUUUCAGUUUCUACGAUAGGUCAGCCCCUAUCUACACACAGGCUCGCUUCCUCCCUCCCUCAAAGAUGUUGGAUGCUGAUGUAACUGACAGCGUGAUCGGAGAAGGAUGUGUCAUUAAGAACGCUAAAAUCUUCCACUCAGUGGUUGGCCUGAGGUCUUGGGUCGCAGAAGGUGCAGUUGUAGAAGAUGCACUUCUCAUGGGUGCUGACUACUAUGAGACCGAUGAGCAAAGAAACGAGUUGCUAGCCUCAGGUGGCAUACCCAUGGGCAUUGGAAGAAACUCUGUAGUGAAAAGAGCAAUCAUUGACAAAAAUGCACGAAUUGGAGAGAAUGUUAAGAUUAUUAACGUGGGCGGUGUAGAGGAGGCUGCACGAGAAACAGAUGGAUACUUUAUUAAGAGUGGAAUUGUUACGAUUAUCAAGGACGCAAUCAUUCCCCACGGAACGGUCAUCUAAGCUUAUUCGCUUGAGAUGAGAAGUCCGAGGGCAGUAGAGAAUAGAGUAUCUCCUUUAUGCGAAAAGCUCUAACCUGGGUAGUGAUAGAAAAUCUGAUGCAAACACGGAAGUAGCGUAUUUUGCCUUUUUCCUGCCAGGGCUUGUAGCAACUUGAGGGGAAGUGUAACGUAGAUGUGGGACGGUCUUUGCACCUGUUAGACCAUAAACCGUCAACCUUUAUACAGUUGAGCUUGUAGGUCUAGGGUGGGAUUACAUGGGUAUGUUUAUCCCACGUCUUUCUUUCUUUCCUUCAUUACUUAUUUUAGUUUUUUCCUCUUCUUCUCCCCUGUAGGUAAAUUCAUUGUGAAGUGCCACCUCUUGCUCACAUUUCUAGCCCUUCUAGUUUUAAUAAGCUCACCGACAAGCAGAUGAUUAGGUUAGCGCUUGGUGAUGAUGUGACACUGCGUUGCAGGGAGGUGAUGGUCAAUUUUGGUAGACAUGUAUACAAGCCUUAGGCAUUGGUUCAAAUAUGCACUGUAAACAGACAUGAACCAAUUCUUAAAUUUGAAUCAUGAGUCAUAUAAUGCACCAUUUGUCAAAAA